AUAGUCAGUAUGAUUCACAGUCAUCUUUGAAAAGGUUUGUGGAAAGAAGUGUAACAUGGCUACUGCUGGACAAGUCAUCAAAUGUAAGGCUGCGGUUUGCUGGGCACCUAAGCAACCACUCAGCAUUGAAGAGAUUGAAGUUGCAGCUCCAAAGGCUCAUGAAGUUCGCAUAAAGAUUGUGGCAGCUGGAGUUUGUCGUUCAGAUGAUCACGUUUUACAGGGUGCUAUAAGUAAUAUGAAGUUCCCUGUUAUACUGGGCCAUGAAGGUGCUGGGCUUGUAGAGAGUGUUGGUGAAGGAGUCAAAGAUCUGCAACCUGGAGACAAAGUCAUCCCAUUGUUUAUGCCUCAGUGUGGACAAUGCAGAUGUUGUAUCAAUCCAGACAGUAAUCUUUGCUACAAAAAUGACAUUGGGAAAUAUAACGGAGUGCUAUUGGACAACACUACUAGAUUUACCUGCAAGGGAAAACCAAUUCACAACUUUAUGAGUACCAGCACUUUUACUGAGUACACAGUGGUUCCUGACAUUGCUGUAGCUAAGAUAGACGAGGAUGCUCCACUGGAUAAGGUCUGCCUCAUUGGUUGUGCAUUCUCCACCGGAUAUGGCUCUGCUGUGAAUGUUGCUAAGGUUAAACCCGGCUCUACCUGUGCAGUAUUUGGUUUGGGAGGAGUUGGCUUGUCGGUCAUAAUUGGAUGUAAAGUAGCAGGAGCCUCCAGGAUUAUUGCAAUUGAUAUAAACAGUGACAAAUUUGAAAAAGCCAAAGAGUUUGGAGCCACUGAAUGUAUCAACCCAAAGGAUUAUGACCGUCCUAUCCAUGAAGUGUUGGCAGGGAUGACUGAUGACGGAGUGGACUAUGCCUUUGAGGUCAUUGGAAAUACUGGAGUUAUGAUAUCUGCUCUCUUAUCCAGUCACUUUGGCGCUGGAAAAGCUGUGAUUGUAGGUGUAGCUCCUUCAGAUGCUACUAUAACAUUUGAUCCAUUGUUGCUACUAACUGGGCGUGUUCUGACUGGAGCGCUUUUUGGAGGUUGGAAGAGUAAAGAUGAUGUCCCAAAACUUGUGUCUGAUUAUAUGAAUAAGAAAUUUGACUUUGAUGGGCUGAUAACACACAAAUUACCAUUUCAGAAGAUCAAUGAAGGAUUUGAACUUCUGCGCAAAGGAGAGAGUAUCCGUACAGUGUUGACUAUGUGAAGAGCCCAGUCCUGGACGUCAUCUAAGGAAGAAAUCCCUAAUAUUGUCAGCUUGCAAGAUCCAAUAUUCAUUUAUCGCAAGAAACUUUUAUUGCUUACUAUUACAUAACUGAAAGGUUAUGGUCAGUGUGUACUGCAUCUUAAAGGGGAACUCCAGUGGAAUUUUUUUUUUUUUUCAAAUGGUGUCAGAAAUUUAAACAGAUUUGUAAAUUACUUCUAUUUAAAAUCUUAAGUAUUGGAAGGGUUAUCAGCUGCUGUAUACUACAGAGAGAUUUGUGUAGUUCUUUCCAGUCUGUAAUAUACAGCAGAUAAGUACUGGAAGGCUUCAGAUUUUGAAAUAGAAGUAAUUUACAUAUGUUUAACUUUCUGACACCAGUUGAUUUGAAAACAUUUGUUUUCCACAUCAUAUUCUAUUUAGGUACUUAUGCAGCUCCACAUAAUUGUUGCAGAUUUAUCAUGUCUAAAAGAAAAUGUGUAUUUGUUACUCCCAACAACCAGCCAAUACACAGCUUUGAUCUUACCAAAGGCAUUUAAGAAAUGAAGGUUGAGCUCUGAUUGGUUUUCAGUGGAAACAGUUUUAUAGACAGUUUUGAUAAAUGAGGCCCAUAGUUUCUUUAAUUUACAUACUGAAUUUGCACUUUCCGUCUGUUCCCAGGAUAGCUAGCACAAAUGAAUAUUUUCUCAGAGUGCAGGUCAUCAAUAUGUAGUACCAGAACCUCUACAUUGUAGUAAGUGAAACCAAUGAUUUCCAUUUUGUCUGUGCAUGUAGAUCAUGACUGCAGCAUUUAUUGCUUGACAACCCAUUGUGCAUCAUUUAUCUUUAAUAAGACCCUAAUCUAUCUGCUCUAUUGUCUCCCAUACACUGCACACAGACAAGGGCAUCCUACUCCCCUAACUCUAUGCCACACCCUCAGAAGCAGCAGCAUGAAGGACAUUACAGAGCAGUGUAAGCUGUGAAUGAAGAACUGCGGUCACUUAUUACAACUUACAGCUGCCUCUGUCUAACUAACUCCCUUUCUCCUGUCCUCUCUAUUGACUUCUAUGGGAAAAAUGAAACCUUAUACUUUAUAGAUCACUCAUAUAGAUCAUCUUACUACAGUGAAUGACGAGUAGAGGUGGGGUUGAAUAAAAAAGCCUGAAGUGAAGAAAAAGGAAUCGUUUUCUUAGAUAAGAUAUAUUACAACAUUUCUUUUAUUCAUUUGUAAAGUUUGUUGAAAAUGUGAUCAUUUAAUAAUGUAUCUACUAUAUAGCAAUUGAUCUAAAUAAAUAAAUAAAUUACUUUUUCAUGGAAUCACCAGAGUUAUCCCGUUGGCUCACUUGAGAGGCUUUGGUUUAUUUUUUCCAUACCUUUUUAUCCCUCCCAGCUUGUCUUAACCUGUGUCCCCUCCCCCUCCCUCCCACUUGUUUACCUGUGUCUCCUCUCCCCAUGUUCGUCAUUGUCAUUGUCUACUGUAUGUCCUUGUCUUCUUCUUUUCCCUUUUUUCUUUUCUAUAUACUGUGGCAGUUUUCCCCUUUUCUCUCCCUUGUCUCCUUUUCUUUUAAAUAUUGUGAGGGACAUGUUGACUUUGUAGAUCUAUUCAGUCCAUUGCCAGUUUGCACAUUUGCUGUUUCUUUUUUUUUUGUUUUUGUUUCGAAAAACCAA